CUUUUUUCUUAUGACGCUGGCAGGGGUAGGCUCGUUUCCCUCACCAAGCGCAAGUUCCUUCUGGUCUGCAACUCUGUCUGUGUGGUGCAUGGCCUGCCUCGCAUCUCAGGCCAUUGUUUCCGCAUUAGCAGGACAACUAAACUUUUGAUCCGCAACAUGCCUUUGCACAUAGUCAAAGUCAUGCGUCGCUGGUCCUCAGAUUCCUUCCUUCGCGUCUAUUGGAGCACGUUG